GACAUAUCUCUCCCCAAACUUACAACAUAGAACACUUCGAAUCGGCUACGAAUUGAUUAAUGUCUUCAUCAUUGUGGACGAGUACACCGACAUUGAAAAUGCAGCAGUAACAAUGGUGGGCAUCGUCAUUGAUGCAUUGAUGCCCUACACAAUCCUCUUAAGACGCGACCAGAAGGCGAAUGCACCCUCGGUGAAAUCGUACGACAGCAAGUAUAUCCAAAUUGUUUGAAGUCCAAGGAUAAUCACGUAGAUUUUGGUCUCGUGCAAUCGAGACCGCAAGCCUGCCUUUUCAACGUCAUUUCCUUGACAGCUAUAUCGCAUACCUUCGUGCGGUAGUUGUCGAGGCUCUCGAUCGCGACGAGGCCCAUUGCCGCAGUUACCAGUAUCGAUGACUACAUCAAGCUCCGGCGGGAUACGUGUGCCGCAAAGCCUGCCAUCGCAAUAUAUGAAAUGGGAAUGGAUCUUCCUGAUGAAGUGAUUUACAAUCCCGUCAUUGCCGAACUGGCUGAUUGCAUUGCGGAGUUGAUGUUGAUUGACAAUGACAUGAUCUCGUACAACAGAGAGCAAGCGAGGGGGGACGAAAACUACGACUUGAUUACCACUGUCAUGUUGGAACUUGGCCUCGACAGAAGCGGUUUAUCGACGGUCUUACGAAGGUGCCUUCAUGGGAUGGCAACAUGGGCUCGAGCAAAUCACUGUUGGAGUUAUGAAACUCAAAGGUACUUCGGCGCAAUGGGCUCAGAGGAUACACUAGUCUUGUCCCAUUAUUGCCAAAGGUCGACCACAAAGCUGCAUCUACGGCCACAACAGUCGAUGAGUCGUUGAUUUGUCCAAGAUGGAUGCCACAGCAACCGUCUAGAAGCUCCACACCAGCCUAAAUUAUACUCCACAAGUUUAGGGUCCAUCGUCGCCGCAGAUGGCCGGCCCGGGUGUGAUAUAAUCCACAUUCCAUCGUCCAGAAGAACAGGCAUAGACAGUACAUAGUAUUGCAGUGAAUAGCAAUAUGUAUCUUCAGGUGUGAGGCCUCCUUCACAGACUUUGAAGUCGUUUUUCGUGCACCUCACGUAAACGUUUCGUCCACUGAUCAUCAGAUACGCAGCAGUUCACGGCGGUGAUGGAUCGGAAUCCAACCCCAUCUUGAUGCUAUCGGGCCAAAGAUG